UCGAUGCCCUAAAGAGUUUCUGCAUUUGUUUUGGAGCCCCAGGUUUUUCUGGGAAUGAAAUUUGAUUGAUUUCCUUUGAUAAAAGCAUGGAAUAUCUAUUGCUUUUGCUCGAAGUUCUAUAACCAAAAAGACUGCGCUUUUUGCUUGUUUCUCGAUCCUAUUACUGACAGAUCUUUCGGCCCUCCUUUUUCUUUAAUUCUGUAGUUUUUUCUUUUUACAUUCUAUAGUUGGUAGAUGGAUUUUAUUCAAGGAAUUUGUAUAAGCGUACAAAUGACCUACUGGUGAAUAGAGUCUAACAAGCUUCCUAUAAACCAUUUAUAUAUCACCGCCCUAUCCAUCUCAGCAGUGAUGGAUCGACAGGCUCAUGACUAUGCAGCGGCAAUGGCCUAUGCUCAACAGCAGCAGCAGCAAGCAGCCAAUAUUCAACAGCAACAGCAGUUUGGGUUUCAUCCACAGCACCAGAAGUUCCCUCAGCAGGUGCAUGGUCCUCCUUUUGUACCUCCACAUCCUUCUCUUCAGCAGUUUCCUUUCCAUCGGCCUUUGCAGCAGCAGCAACUCCACCCUCAUCCACACCAUCUUCUUCAUCUCCGGCAACAGCAACAACCACCACAAGCAUUCCCACCUCACAUUCCCCAUCACCUCGUUCCCUCACCUUUCCUUGGGCCAUUUGAUUCUGCUCCACCCCCAGCUGCUCCCCCAUCUGAUCCUGAGCUCCACAAACGCAUUGAUAAACUUGUAGAAUAUGCUGCUAAGAAUGGCCCUGAAUUUGAAGCCAUGAUCCGUGAGAAGCAGCGAGAUAAUCCUGCUUAUGGUUUCCUCGUUGGUGCUGAGGGACAUGAUUACUACCGCUACAAACUUUGGUUAACUACAAGUUCCUCAGGUGCUCCUUUCAAUCCUUCCUUCUCUUCAUCCUCUAUACCUAUGAUGCCUCCUCUGAACCCCAUGAUGAAUAGUUCUCCCUUAAAUCCUCCCCCCUUGAAUGCUCCUGCUGCUGCUGCUGGAAUAUUGGGUGCUCACCAAUUACAUCAGCCUCCUUUUCCACCAUUCUAUGACCACCAGCAGCAUGUUCAACCUUUCUCUGGCCAGCCUCGACCAGAUUAUGAUCCUUUGACCAAUUCCUUCAAGGGUCUCUCUGGACCCCUUCCUUCUGAUGUUGCUGCUGAGCUCAAUAAUGUGCUCAACAAUCUGAAUGGUACGAAGGAGUCGAUUAAAGGUGCCAAGAUUUGGUUUAUGCAGAGGUCUCCAUUUGCACCAGCUCUAGCUGAGGCCCUUAGAGAUAGGGUGCUUGUUCUUGAUGAUUCUGAGAGACAAUUGCAUAUAAUUUACUUGGCAAAUGACAUUCUUUUUGACAGCUUGCAGAGGCGAGUCAAUCCUUGUGACCUUGACAAUGAGGCCCUUGUCUUCAAACCUGUUCUUGGAUCCAUGCUUGCAAGGAUUUACCACAACCCACAAAAUAAAGAGGCAAAUCAGCCUAAGUUGCAAAAAAUUUUACAGUUUUGGGCUUCAAAGGAAGUUUAUGAUCAUGAUACUAUAUAUGCACUUGAGGGUGAGAUGAUUAGACUUCCUGGUAAUUCUUUUUCACAGCCUCCUAAGGAGUCAUCUGCUACCUUAGCAGAUCCUUCAAGCACUGCAGCCUUGCAACAGCAAACGCCCCCUCAAAAUCUCCCUCAAUGGCAGUCUGACAAGCCAAGAAGUUCUGUGCCAGGAUUCCCAGAUGAGGAGCAACUAGAUAAACAAGUGCCUCCUACCACAGUCUUGCAAUCAUCCCUGUCAACCUCCCAAUUUGCACCUCCUGUAACUCAGCAAUUUCUUUCAAGCUCAGUCCCACCUGGUAUUUACCCACCAGUCACGGCUACCCCUUUUGUGGGGUCUGGACCACCACCCACCCCUGCUCAACCAGCCAAUCAACCACCUGCAUCCCAUUUAUUACCAUCUUCAGCUGUUAACAUUGGGGAAAAGGCACCUCCUUAUCCCUUAUUCCCACCUGGCCUUAUUCCUGGAAUGGUAAAAAAGAUGCAGAUUGGUAGUGGGGUACCCUACUCUCCCAUGAGCCCUUUGGACAUCCCUACUGUAAUCCCUCCAUCCACUAUAUCUCCUUCAGAUAUUCUUGAGAGAGUUUCAAAAUAUUUCAAAGAGAUUGGAGAGGUUAACCCAUCGAAAGGGCCCAUGAAACCAUUGGACUCAAAUGAGGAAGAUGAUGAGUAUGAAAGGCAGUCUCCAGUUCGGAAGGGAGGGGCAUGUAUUCCUCCUCCUCCAAGCUUGAAUGUGGACCCUGAGACAGGAACUUACGCGGAUGGAAGUGUGGAACGGAAACCGGGAUCAAGUGGUUCUGGACGUUUGGGACUUGGGGCCACAGCUAAUCCAAAUGAGGUGAGUCAAUAUGAUGAUGUUUAUACUUCCUAUAGGAAACAAAGGAGCUCCAAUUACCACUCAUCCAUGAGUGCAAGAGCUGCAGCAAGGUAGCGGCCAAUUACCAGUCAAAAAGUAGAAGAAUCCUGUAUCCGGUCUUUUUCUGCACAAAGGCGUCUGUGGCUUUGCAACCUCGAUUCUACGUGCAUGAAAAUGUAGCAAACUGGCCUUGUUUUGGUCCUUGCUGGUUAGGGUUGUGCAUCUGAGCUUGGAAAGAUAUACAAUUUUGAUGAUCAUGGUUUGGCUGUUCAUAACAAACAGUACUGACUAGGAAAAAAUAGGGUGCCUGUAACAUGACGUGAUAUCAUUACGGACCACCUCGUAAGCAUUUUCAAUAUGCCCUAGUCAUUUGGUUUGCCUUAGAAUGCAUCAUCUGUAAUUCGUUGUCAGUGAAUUUUCUCCUGAUAUUGCAUCUUAUAUGUAGCAUAAACGAUUUCUGUGGAGUCAUCUUGGCAUUGGAUUUUUUCAA